GUCGACUCCGUAGGGCACUACGUAGAGAAUAAGUGGAAGUGAAGUGAUGCAGUGAGUCAUUAGGGACGAUGCAGGAGGUCCUGUUCACCAUCAAGUGACCUUUAAGAGGAGAGAGGAAGAACACAGAGAGAGAAACGGAAGGUAACUGGGAGAGUAGUGGAUGAAGGACGACUAACGAGUGAACGAGUGGAGUGAGAGAUUUGUCUGCCCUGCCAUGGCACGCUGGUUCCUGAAGCGAAGUGCGCUCUUCAGCACCAUGAUCACGGUUAUGAGCUUAGUGACUUUGUCUCAGGGGGACGCAGGGGAUGAGGGGACGAGUGUGAGACCCCUGAGGAGAGAGAAAAGAGGAUGGGUGUGGAAUCAGUUCUUUGUGCUGGAGGAGUAUGCUGAGGACAAACCACUCUACGUCGGAAAGCUUCACUCAGAUUUGGAUAAAGGAGAUGGAUCUGUUAAAUAUAUUCUUUCAGGAGAAGGUGCAGGAACCACGUUCACACUGGAUGACAGCACUGGUGAUAUCCACGCAGUACAGAGGCUGGACCGUGAGAUGAAAGAGCACUACGUCCUGCGUGCUCAGGCCACUCAUCGCCACACAGGCCGCGCCCUUGAACCCGAGUCCCGCUUCAUAGUGAAGAUCCAGGAUAUUAAUGACAACGAGCCCAAGUUCCUGGACGGACCCUACCAGGCCACCGUACCUGAGAUGUCACCUGUCGGUACGUCUGUGAUUCGGGUGACGGCGACGGACGCUGAUGACCCGUCAUACGGUAACAGCGCUCGAGUGGUGUACAGCGUUGUGAAGGGGCAGCCGUAUUUCUCUGUGGACCGACACACAGGUGAGGUGCGCGUGUCAUUGCCUGAUAUGGAUCGAGAGGUCAAGGGUCAAUACGAGGUCGUGAUUCAGGCUAAAGACAUGGCGGGUCAGCUGGGAGGUUUGGCAGGAACGACGACGGUCAACGUUACUCUGAGCGACGUCAACGACAAUCCUCCCCACUUCACUCAGAAGCUGUAUCAGAUGAGCAUCCCGGAAUCCGCUCCCAUCGGUUCUGUAGUGGGUCACAUCGAGGCUCAAGAUCACGAUUUAGGUAUCAAUGCAGAAAUGCGUUACAGAGUGAUCGAUGGGGAUGGACGAGAUGCGUUCGACAUCAGCGCCGACUCCACCAACACGUAUGGGGUCAUCACUGUCAAACAGCGUCUGGACUUUGAGACGAAGCGUAGCUACACUCUGAAGGUGGAGGCCGCUAACAGACACAUUGACAAGCGUUUCUCUGCUAACGGGCCAUUUAGCGACAUCACCACGGUGCAGUUAAGCAUAGAGGACGUGGAUGAGCCGCCGCAGUUCAGCUCCACGCUUUAUUACGCCGAGGUUCGUGAAGACGCCGAAAUCGGCACGGUUCUGAUCACCAUCUCAGCCCGAGACCCCGACGCCGCUAACGACUCCAUACGGUAUAUGAUUGAUCGUGUCAGUGAUCCUGAUCAGUAUUUCUCAGUGGGCGUGUCCAGUGGUUCUCUAAUGACUGUCCUUCCUCUGGACAGAGAGGAAAUCAGCUGGCAUAAUCUCACUAUAGUAGCCAUGGAGACAAAUAACCCACUGAAGACAGCGAGUGUAUCUGUGGCUAUAAGAGUUCUAGACAUCAAUGAUAAUCCACCAUCAAUAACACAUCAUUACGAAGCUUUCCUGUGUGACGACGCGAGAGCAGGACAGCUGGUCCAAUCAAUAAGAGCCAUAGAUGCAGACGAGCCAAUAGGAGGACAGCGUUUCCGUUACACGCUUCCUCCUGAAGCACAGAAUAAUCCCAACUUCACCCUCACAGAUAACCACGAUAACUCAGCGAGGGUGCUGACCCGGCGGAGUGGCUGGGUAUCUCCGAGUGUGUACCAUCUUCCCAUUACCGUGUCUGAUGGAGGAGAGCCGGUCCAGUCCAGUACACACACCCUGACCAUCCGAGUGUGUGAGUGUGACGCAGACGGGGAUGUGUCAUCCUGCCGUAACGCUGAACCUCACACACUCCCAGCUAACCUGAGUACAGCAGCACUAACCACCAUGCUCACCUGUGGCUCCAUCGUGCUUGUGAUGCUAGUGCUCCUGCUGUUCCUAAGCAGCGGCACUAAAAAACCUUUCCCCAGCGACGAGGAAGAAAACGUGCGUGAAAACAUUGUCCACUACGAUGAUGAAGGCGGCGGGGAGGAAGACACGGCGGCGUUCGACAUCACCAAACUGUGGAAGACGCACACGGAGCCACUAAGCUACGCUGAACUGGUGCUUCAUGGCAGUAAACGACGACACGUUGACGGUAAGGAUGUAAAACCAAACAGCGUUAAGCUACGACAGGAAAAGCAGCCUGAGAUCCAGAGCCUGUCGUGCUACGUGUCUCAGACGGACGCUAAUACGUCCGGGACUAACGCUAACGGCCGUAAUGUGUACGGCUACAUGCUGGCCAAGCUCUGCCAGGUGGAUCUGGAUUCGGAAGCGCCUCCGUAUGAUUCGCUGCAGACGUACGCCUACGAAGGCGAGGGUUCCGUCGCUGAGUCGCUCAGCUCGCUGCAGUCUAACGACGACAAUGAGCUCGAUUACGAUUAUUUAGACGAGUGGGGGCCGCGGUUUCGCACCCUCGCAGAGCUGUAUGGCACGAGCGCGAGUACUGUUUAGCGGAAGUGUGCAGAAGCAUGCUGUUGCCAUGGAGAUACAGCGAAUAGUAACAAUAAUGAGAUUCAGAAACAAUGACACAUCUGUAACAUUGUUUAUGGAUUCAGUACAGAUUUAAUCGAUUUAUUGAUUACUUAUAUAAUGAUUCAGUUGACCAUGAAAUCUCAGAUUUGACCAUCAUGUGACUCUAUUAUGAUUCUUUAGACUCAACUUAAAUAAUUCAGUAGAUCAUUACAUUUAACACUUCACCAGAAUUUUAUUUGAUUUGGAUUCAUUUGGAAGCAGUUCAGUAAAUCAUGAAAUCUCAAACUUCACCCUUAAUUCAAUUAAAUUAGGAUUCAUUUGGAAAUUAUACCCGAAUUCUCAAACUUCACUUGACUCAGUAAAAUGACUCAGAAAACGAUUCACUGCAUUGUUAAAUCACAAUUCUGAUUUUGAUUCACUUGGAAAUGAUUCAUUUAAAAAAAAAAAACUAAAAAAAAAAACAACUCAUGAAAUCUGACACGUGAUUACAAUGCAAGUCAAUUACAAGUCAAUUUAAUUCUAAAAGAUUUAGAUCAAUUUAGCUUUAGGAGAAACAUAGAAUAAAUUAAAAAAAUUGUUAGGUAAUAGAAGUUUGAUUGUUAGCCUUGAUGAAAGAAUGUGGAGCUGGAGAGAGAUUUAAAAUUUGAGCAUGGAUAUUCUGUGUUAUUUAUAUUUUUUAAAGUUUUAUUAAAUUAUUUGUAAGUAAAUGCACUCACCCAGUCUGUGAAACUGAAUGGAGGCGUUACACAGUGUGUAUCUACAGUUUAUAUCUGUAUAGUGAGUGGUUGAUAUUCAAUGUGUUAUGGGUUUUUAGUAUUUAGCCUAAGGUUAGCGUCACUGGAAAUGAUCUUUGAGCCA